GGAUUGGGAAGUCGAACGCUUCCCCAGUGUUUGUUGUGAUGGAGGUCUUGACGGGCAUGUGUUAGAAAUAUACUCAGAAGUAUAAUUUUGUCCGGAUAUUUCUGUGAUAUGGUUGACCGUAAUGAAAGUCGGGGUGAAGAGAAACGGUGUGCACAAGUGGCGGUGGAAAGUGUUAUAACAUGGGGUGAAGCAGCAGGGGUGGCAGACUUGUCCCAAGACAUGGCACGGGCCAUUGCUGCAGAUGUAACUUACAGAUUACGACAGACAUUGAAUGUGUGUGGCCAGUUUCUGAGACAUUGUAAACGGCGUCGGCUCACCCCAGAUGAUAUAAAUCGUGCCUUGAAAUGGAUGGAUGUCACUUCUGUGAUGGGAUACACAGGUAGUGAGCCAGUUGAGUGGCAAGGAAUACCAGAGGUUGGUGUUCAUAUUGCUCAUGAUCCCACAGUCAAUCUUGCCAGCACAGCACUAAGUGGAGACAUCUUUCACCAGCCGGGCAGCCCAUGUGUUAGAGGUGAAUGGGCAUUCAUCAGUGGUCACUCACUGGUGAAAGGGGAAGGGGGUGGAGAGUGUUUGCCUGCACUUCUACCACUCUCAUCUGAACACCUUCAGUAUUACCAAAUGCUGUUCACAGUCAUUGCUGGGCCAUCUAAUGAUCUGUUUAAGAUAAUGUGUGAAGAUGUAUCAACAUCUCCUGGAAUAAGUGCUUUAGUGAGUCCUAUUGUUGGAGGAUUAGUAAGAGGUGCGCACCGUGCUCGGCAAAAACCAUGCAUUUUACGGAGAAUCCUUUUAUUGAUAAGGGCUCUUCUUUUGAAUCCUCACUUGCACCUUGGCCCUCAAAAUUAUAUGCGAGACUUGGUUAAUGUACUGGUAUACUGCAUUAUCAUUGAACGAAAGUCUCCACAGGAUACUCAAAUGAUUCGUAGCUUGGCAUGCAAUGUCUUACUCCAGAUUGUAUCAAGAGAACCAGGAUGCCGAGGAACUUGGGAGACGGUUGUGAGCAGCCUCGGAGGAGUUGUGGCUAGUAGUAGUCAUCCAUGGGGUCAACAUGUAGGGGCAUUAAUUGGACUCUUGACCCUGGGAGCACCUGCACUAUUAAACAGUCUUACGCCCAUUGCUCGACCCUACUAUAAUCGUUUGAUGCAUGCUAUUUCUCAGUCACCUACAGCUAGUACCAGGGAUAUUCUUGAUGCACAUACAUCAAAUUGUUUUUUAUUGGCUGGACUGGUUAAUGUUAUGACCACAUUUGUGAGAAGCCUUCCAGACAACAUAGUGAUGUUCUCGUCUUCUAAAGAGUCGUUUCCCAUCUCUACUACCACAAUCUUCCCUACUGGUAUUUCUGAUGGUGAUGUAACAUUUGAGCAUAUACAAGAGAUUUAUAAAUUAGGAGAAGAAUCAUAUGGUUCUGCCUUCAUUCUCCAGAUUCCUGGAGUGUAUUUGUGUUGCACACCUAACCAGGUCCCAAGUUUUUUGCAAUCUUCAGUCUACCGUGACCAGGCCAUAUCAGGAGAUGCACUUCUCAAUCCACCUGCUAAGCGUUCCAGAACCAAGCUCCAUCAUUCUUCAAACAAACCUAAACCAAGAAGAACUCAACUAUAUUCUCCAUCUCAGGUUUUUGAUGGGUACAAAGCUCUUUCUGAAAGGAGGUCAUACUUACAAAUGAACAUUAGAGGUUGUUGGGAAAAAAGUGUAAAUAAGCUUAAAAAGAGAGAUUCUUCUCUCCCUACAGUUAUUCCUCAUGCGCACCGUCCACUGCUUGCCCGCUAUUGUUCUCGCUUCACUGGCUGUAUGCCUCACAACACUUUCACAAGACCAUUAUUUUCCCCUUUAAGGCCUGGAUAUACGUUACAAUAUCUUUUGCUUUGAAAUUGUGUAAUGUAAGCAUAGGCUUAAUUUCAUAAAUUAUAUUAAUUGCAAUUUAAAGGUAGAUGAAAUAUUUACAGCAGUUGCGUGAAUGACAAAAUUGACUAAAGAGGGAUAUUUUGUAAUAUAUAUGACAUUUCACUAUAAAUUGCAACUCUGCUUUCCUGGAUUCUUAUUGAUUAGAUUUGUACUUAGUCAAGCAGGAAUAAAAUCUGGAUACAUAAAUCAUUUACUGUACAGUAUUCAGAUGAAAGACAGGGAUUUUCAUACAUGACUGGUUAGGGUUUUUAUUUGACAAUUAGUUCUUGUCUGAUUAGAUUAUCAAACCAGUGAUGUAUAUACAAAAUUAGAGCAGAAAGAUAUAUGAUGCCAAAAGAAGCAAUCGCAGAAGGACAACUGCCUCAAGAAACAAAACUAACGGGUGUUAAGACUCCAGGGGCCAGAUUCUCAAAACCGUUAAGCAAGCACUUACAAACCUGUACAUCUUUUCUCAAUCUUUGGCGGCUUUGUUUACAAUUAUUAAACAGUUAAUGAACUUGGAAGCACCAAGAAGCUGUUUAUAACGAUAACAACAGUUGAUUGGGAAGUUUUCAUACUUGUAAACUGUUUAAUAAAUGUAACCAAAGCCGUCAAAGAUUGAGGAAAGAUGUACACGUUCGCAAGUACUGUACUUGCGUAACUGCUUCACGAAUCUGGCCCCAGGCCCCGAGUCAGAGCUAUACAGAAUUUAACAUGUACAGAAUCCUAUACGCAUGCAAUCCUUGUAGUUGAAGGCCGCAAAGCAACAAGCAAGCUUUUCAACAGGGCAGCAGUCAAACUGCAAUACAAACAUGAAUGAGGGCUCUGGAGGGUCCAGGUGAAGUAUCGAGGGCAAAGCGAAUCUUAUUGGUUUUGACAUUAAAUGUGGAAAAAAUGAAAGGCUCCGCAAGCCUUUCAUACCCCAUACCCCAACUGGUAUGAGGGUCAUACCAGUUGAUGCAAAGCAUCAAAAUGGCAUGGUGUCAAAGGCAAAACUUACAAAUAUACAGGGCAUACAGUAUGUAGUUCAGUUUAGAAAGUAACGAGGAGUGCAAGUACAGUGUUAGUCUUAACAACUGACUACAUGGUUGUAACUUAGCCAAGUAGCUACAAGUGCAUUGAAAAAUAUUUUUAUGAUUAAAAAUAGGUUUAAGUGCUGUACUUGAACACCUAAUUCCCAAACUAGAAACUAGGAAUACAGUAUCAAAUAAAUUAUAAUUGGCUGUGCAGAACAUAUAUAUAUAUUUUUUGUAUGGAUACUGUCUUUCAUGGGCAUUAUUAUCCAUCAUGAUAGGCAAGGCAGCAUGCAACAAACUAUUGAACUAGACUUAGGUAUCCUAAUCUCUUGUGAAAGUCACUACUUUAAAAAGCUAAGUUUGACAAAACAUCUACAGACUUGGAGAGCUGAAAGCACCUAGCCGCUAUAUGAACAAAUUCAUCCUUGGGCUGACCCCAAGAACACGUUCAUAAAUUUUAAUAAUACUGUACCAGUUUUGAAUACACGGUGUCAUUAUUAUUAUGUAUUAGAAUUUAGUGUAUAGUUAACCUAAACACUUUGCCUAAAUUAGGUUCUGUUGGCAAUUAUUUGUUUUUGUAGUACAGUACGUGGGUGAAGUACUGUUCAAGAAAUGUUUGGAAUGUCAACAGUUGCGAGUAAAAUGUUUUUAAUUUAUAGAGUUUGGCAGCUGGAUUAAUGAGCAUUUAACUAUUAUUUAUUAGGAUGGGCUGAAGCACUAGUAUUAACAGUAAUGAUUGGAAUAAAACCCAGAAUUAUAUGUACAGACACCUUUAAGCAUCCACUGCACAGUGUGACAGUCAUUGCCAUAGUUAGAGCUAUUGUAACAAUAGCAUGUCCACAAUUGGAUUGUGGGCCAUCCACAAUCGACUUGAGAAUGGUCCAGGGCGAACCGAAACGUCGUCAUCCCUUCACUUUCUAUUGUGUGGUUUGGCCAACAUAUUUCAGCCACGUUAUUGACUCCUCGUCUGCAUAUUUGAAGAUGUGUUCAUAGUGUACCCGGUGUGCACUAGGGCAGGCUGGUAUAGUUUAUUUGUAUCCCAUGUAUGACCAACCAUCCUUUGAGAUGGGGAUCUUAGGUUUGAGUGUGGGUCAAGGGUUAGCUAGGUUCACCUCUCAUAUAGAAUAGGGUAGCAGCACAAAGUUGUGUACCUGAUCUUAUUAAUAAAAGUACAACUAACAACUUUCUUCCCUUUAUUUACACAUCCCAUCCACACUUAGUAUUCGAUACAAAUUAAAUAUAGGUACAGCACACUUUUUUAAUGUCGGGAGCUGGAAAUUUCCAUCAUGUAGCAAAAUGCUUGCAUUAAUAUCACCCUCCUUCAGGGCAAAUGGCAGGUGUUGCCAAUAGCUAGAUCAUGUUUAUUUUGCUUUCUCAACCAAAUACUGUAAAUGUAUUCAUGCUAAGGGUGGCAGCAACCUUGCCACCCUCCCUUCAUUGUUAAUGCACGAGCAACCCGUCAACACAAUUUUAUCACAUUAAGCAGCGAAUAUGAAUAACCAUUUCUUUAUAGAUUGCCUCAGUAGCUUUCAUGUGCAUUGGGCUCUAGUAUCAUACAUUCACAAAACUACCAGGUCACUGGACUUGUACAGGCGUAAUAAACACCAGAAUCAGUCUGGUGUGGUCAGACAAGUGAGGCAUGAGUAUCAGAGUGGCCCAGAAAGUACAGGUAAAGCAAAAAAUCUAUUAGAAACUAUAGAAAACCAACCAAAUCCUCAGGCAGACCACUAAUGCAGAGGAGCUACCAUGAGCUCUGCCCAAAAAACUUGGAAAAAAUAAACGAGUUUUGUAAUACCAGGACUUGGAAAGUACGCUCGAAAAUGUUUAUCAGGAAAAUACAGUAGUGUUGAUCACUACAUUUACAUUACUCUUGGGACCAAAUUAAUAUAUCUAAACUAUCGCAAUAAGUGAAACAUUGGGGGUGGAGGGAUACCCAAAAGUACUCUGUUAAACCACAUUUUACCCAGUGUGGAAAUUGCCCAGUACAGUACAUGUUAACCAGAUAACCAAAGUUAUAUGCUGUAUUCAGCCUUUUCCUCUUAUAUCAUCCCUCAAAUUGUCAGAAAUGAAUUUUCUGCAAUUCUGUUUGGAUUUAUUUAAUAUGUCCAUAAGAUUAGUACUGUACUUUUUAUUACAAGACAAAUCUUACCUUUACGAGUUGAUCCAGUUUACCUUCUGUCAUUGUGGCAGAAAGUUUUAAUAUUGUCAAUUUUUUUUGUAGGCUCAUAAAAGUAGAAGGAUGCUAUUUCAUUAUGUGACAAACUAAUCACUAACAGCAUACUAAACAGUUUUAAUA